AUGCAAAUUAUUGACUUCCUUAAACAACAAAAAUGUUUGAUUGAUAAUCCAGUCAAGAUAUCUGAUAAAAAAAAAGAAGAUAAUUCUUCAAAUGGAGUAUUGGAGUGUCACGUCUUUUCAAAAAGUGUUUUACGCUUUCUUGUUGAGAUAAAAAAUGAAAUUGGCACUAGUAGCAGUGAUCCGACUGUUCAAGCUAGAGCUUCUUUUGCAAAAUACUAUACCCAACAAACAUAUGGGGAAGUACUCAAAUGGUGUAACUGGCCUUCUUUUAUCUUAUGUUUAGCUGGGCCAUGGGUGUAUAUUUUAGGAGCAGUAUAUAUUGAGAAACCGAUUAUAGAUCCCUUGAUGGACUUUAUACCUCUCAUUCCUACAAACAAUCGAGCCCACGCAAAGCGAGUAGCAUGA